CAAGAAUGGCUGCCUCAAGAUCACGAGUAUCUUUUCUGGCUCUGUUGUAAUAACUGUACAGGAUGCCUGUUGAACCCACCCACCAGUGAGAGGCCUUAGCUGGGUUAAUCUGACCACUGUCUGAUGCAAUCCAGCAUUGAAAUGUGGGAUCAGAGGCAGAAACCUUUCAACACAGGUCUUAUGUAAAGAGAACAAAUUACAGUUUUGACUAAGGGGCUCACAAAUCUAGCAGUGCAAGAAGGACUGGUCUGACAUCAACACUGAAAAUGGACCCUGAUAUCCAGUGUGAAGAGCUGACUGGAUCCAGAUGGACUGAACUUGUUUCUUCCAUGAAAAAUAGCAAAACCAUCAGGCUGGAUGACUGCAGUCUCUCCAGGAGCCAUUGUGAAGAUCUUUGCUCUGUGCUCAGUACUAACCAGUCUCUGAAAGAGUUGAAGCUGAGUAACAAUGAGCUCAAGGAUGAGGGUGUGGAAGUACUGUGUAAAGGACUGCUGACACCAAGCUGUAACUUGGAGUUGCUAUGGCUGCAGAACUGCAGCCUAACAGGUGCUUGCUGUGAGAGUCUCCGCUCUGUUCUCAGCAAGAAACCGUCUCUGACAGAACUGCACUUAGGUGACAACAAGCUAGAAACCGCAGGAGGAAAAGUGCUCUGCAAAGGGUUGCUGGAUUCUAACUGUAAGAUACGGAAUCUCACACUGAGCUAUUGUGAGCUCACAAAGGACAAUGCAGAGCUGCUUACAUCUGUUCUGCAUGCCAAGCCGACCCUGAAAGAGUUGAAUUUAAGUAACAAUGAAUUGGGAGAUGCUGCAAUAAAACAGCUGUGCCGGGGACUGAUGGAUUCAAACUGUAACUUAGAGUUACUACAUCUGGAAAACUGUGGUGUGACAGCUGAGAGCUGUGCAGAUCUGAGCAACGUUCUCCGUACAAAGCCAUCCCUGAUAGAUCUGGCUGUGGGAGACAACAAGUUUGGAGAUGCAGGCCUAGCUCUGCUGUGCCAAGGGCUACUGCAUCCUAACUGCAAAGUACAGAAGCUGUGGUUAUGGGAAUGUGAUCUCACAGCUGCUAGUUGUAAAGAUCUCUCCAAUCUCAUCAGGACAAAAGAGUCCCUCAUAGAAAUGAGUCUGAUAACAAAUAGUUUGGGAGAUGCAGGAAUGGAUCUGCUGUGCCAAGGACUGAAAGACCCAAAAUGCAAACUCCAGUCAUUAUGGCUAAGGGAGUGUGGCCUCACCAGUGCCUGUUGUGAAAGUAUUCGCUCCGUUCUCAGCGCAAACACGUCCUUGAAAGAGCUGCAGAUAGGUUCAAACAAGCUAGAAGAUGAAGGAGUGAAACUGAUUUGUGAGGGACUGCGGCAACCCAGCUGUAACAUAGAGUCUAUAUGGCUGGGGGACAGUGAUGCCACAGCUGGUUGUUGUGACAGUAUCGCUGCUGUCAUCAGUACCAAACAGUGCCUAAGAGAGAUUGACCUGAGCAACAACAUGCUGGAGGAUGCGGGUGUGAGAAAGCUAUAUGAAGCAGUGAAAAGCCCCAACUGCAAACUGAAGCAUCUAGUGUUGUAUGACAUCUACUGGAGUUCUGAAGUAGAUGAUGAACUGCAGGCCCUGGAGGAAUCCAAGCCUGGUUUGAAGAUAAUUUCCUGAGUCCAGAUGCGACCAUCUUCUGAAUGCUGUUCAGGCAGGCCCAACUUCGUCCACUUUGUUUAUGACGCUAACCAAUGAAUAACUUGUUGCAUAUGCUUUCACCAAAUAAAAAAAAAAUGUGUAGUUUCUGCAGAACAAGUUGUCCCUUAAGGGAAGUGGGGUACCUCCUGUGUACUCCGAGAUUUGACAUAUCCAGGGCUUGCUGGAGCUUCAGAGUUGUAUCAGAGCCUUUCCACCCCCCAACCCCAAAGCAAAGAACACUUGGGCAUCCACUGGAAGUUGGCCUUUACUCUCCAGCAGCAUUUUAAUUAUAAUCAUGAUUUCUGAUGUGUUAGUCUGACUUUCUAGAAGUUGCUCUUCCAUGUUGGUCCUGGCAAAAGCAGCCCUACGCAGUUUAGUAGAAAUAGUUGGUGCUGGGAAAAAACUAUCGGGGAAACAAAGCAAAAAUAUUUAAGCUCUAAAAUCAAAUGUUGCUAGGCCUUCUGUGGAACAGACCCAUCUUCCCCAAAGAAAGUGGCUAUGGUGAGAGUCUAUGAGCAACUUGGAUUUGAAUUGUAGGUCAUGUGAUCCACUCUUUUACUGAAACUUGCUUCCACAUGAAAGAAAUCUAUGCAGAUUGCCUUAAAAGGAGACCUGCUGGUGUGCAGUUCUGCUCAAACUGGAAAUAAAAUUAUUUUAUGCAUAAUUUGGUCUGUUUAGAAUAGCUCUAUCUACCUUUUUAUUCUAAUAAAGUUGUUUGCAAAGAA